AUGGUGAAAGCUAGAGCAGCCAAGGUAGUGGAGCUUAACCAGAUGGAGGAAAACAUCCUCAAACAAAAGGCAAAGAUAGACUGGUUGAAAUUGGAUGAUGGGAACAAUUCAUUUUUCCACAACUCUAUCAGGGAGAGAAAUAAGCACAAUAACAUGAGCACUCUUACUUCUCUCAAUGGAGAACUGCUUAGCAACAGGACUGACAUCAGUAAUGAAAUUCUGAGUUUUUACACAGGGCUGGUAGGGACUGCUGCUAAUAGUAUUGAAGGGAUUGAUCAACCUUGCAUUCUAAGAGGUAGUAUUAUAUCCAAGGAGGAAGCUCUGGAUCUGAUUACUCCUAUUUCUGAGCAUGAAAUCUGGGAAGCUUUGGAGGGGAUUGGAAAUACCAAGGCCCCUGGGAUUGAUGGGUUUAACUCCUACUUUUUUAAGGAUUCCUGGGAGAUCAUUAAACAGGAUGUUAUUGAGGCAAUCUAG